AUGACGGCGGUGUUUGCCAGCGGGCGGGCACCGGCCCCCCAGAGCCCCUUCCCGGGACCCCCAACCAUGCCCCAGGCCCACCCCCACCCUCCCCCGCAGGGGUCUCCCCCGCUCCCGGAACCGGCGACCACCCACUCGGACUUGUACGGCCUGUCGGGGGGCUACGGGGUUGGCACCAAAGCCUUCCCCUACCAGUACUCCGGCCACUACCCAGCCAAAGCCUACCCCGAUUUCGGCUACAACGCUCCCUACCCCCAGUACGGAGGCGGGGGAGGGGGCUACGGCCGGACCCCCGGCCCCUCCUGCCAGACAGAGAAAGAGGCUGCGGAGCCGGAGGUGAGGAUGGUGAACGGCAAACCGAAGAAAGUGCGGAAGCCUCGCACCAUUUAUUCCAGUUUCCAGCUGGCCGCCCUGCAGAGGCGAUUCCAGAAGACCCAAUACCUGGCCCUGCCCGAAAGGGCUGAACUGGCCGCCUCCCUCGGCCUCACCCAGACCCAGGUGAAAAUCUGGUUCCAGAACAAAAGGUCGAAGAUGAAGAAGAUCCUGAAGAACGGCGAGCUGCCCACCGAGUACAGUCCCAGCUCCAGCGACCCCAUGACCUGCAACUCUCCGCAGUCCCCCGCCCCGUGGGAGCCCCGAGGGGCGCCCCGCACGCUCGCCCACCAGGUCCACGGCCACCCCGCGGCGUCCAGCACGUCCCCCGCCGCCUCGGGCUACCUGGACGGUGCGGCCGGCUGGUACCCGGCGGCGGCGGGCCCGCUGGGAUCCCACUUACACCCCCACGGCUCCCCGCAGCAGCUCCUCACCCUCGCCUCGGGCUCGCUCUACUAGCCCGGACCACCGCCCCC